AAGAUUUUUGCUUUCGGAUCUGCGUACCUACUACUCCUCAUACUACUCCGCACUCAUAUCUGCAACUAACAGAACAUUGUAUGUACCAAAAUGACAUCAAUACCUGCCUCAGCGCCAACAUUCGGUCACACGGCCUUCCAACUCCGCAAUUCCUCUCUCCCACCCUAACAGGACCAAAAUCACACGCAAUAAACGCCUUGCGACGCCGCACAGCCGAUCCAACUCAACAUGCGGACAAGGGGAAACCACGGCCGGCGUCGGCCCUUGGCGUGUCUUCGCCGGCAGCGGCUGGGAAAACGGAGGAGGAGUAUGUCAAAAACUUGCAGCAGCAGCUGUUUUUGCUGGAGAUGGAGACGCGGUAUUUGCGGGCUCGGUCAGAUGAUACCGGACUAUACCAGCAAACAGGGGAGCUGCCAGAGGGGCGAGGGGAUACUGGGGCUGGAGCGGACAAGCGGCGAGUGCCGCUUGGGGAGGUCAUCAAAGAUCUGAAGCAAAAGUACGCCGACCUCCAGGAUGAGUACAAAGAGGAAGUUCAGACCCUGAAAACCAACCUCUUCUCCGUUCAAUCCCAAUACCGCACCUCCCAAGAGAAGCUCUCCGAAGCCACAAAGCAGCAUACCACCCUCACCGACCAAUUCACCACCUUCCAAAAAGAGUCCAACACCGAAAAGCAGGGCCUGCUCCGAGAACUCAGCCGGUUGAAGCAGCAGGUUGCGAAUGCGGACGGCGAGGCGAAGCGGUGGGAAGGGAUGUAUGAGCGCGCUAUACAGGAGGUUGAAGCUAUUAGGGCGGACAAGAGGAGGUUGGAGAGUGUGGUGGAUUCGUCGAAGCGGAGGAUAGAGGAGGUGGAGGCUGCCGGCACACACUAUGAGAAGCGGAUUGAGGAGCUUUGCCACGAGAUUGCGUCCGUCAAGCACUCACCACCACCAGAGCCCUCAGAAGCCCUCACCACGCACAUCGCCAGCCUCCAACAAACCCUCAACGCUGUACAAUCCACCCUCAGCACGAUGCAAUCCACCAGCACGACGCAAUCCAAACACAUCUCCGACCUAACAACCCAACUGAAAGUCGCCGAAUCCAUCAACAAACGCCUCCUCACCGACGGCGCCGAAUUCUAUUUGGUUCCAUCGGGAUUCUGGCAACCCGCGAUGUAAUUCCCCAUUUUGUACAUGUAGUUUCCUGUCCCAUACCCGCCAUGAUUCUCAGACGGAAUGUAAGUCGAUUGUCAAUGCCAAAUAGCGCCGGAAGGACACGUGCAAGUGAUUGCGUUGGGGCAACAUCCCGUCGAGCGUCGAGGCAAAU